AUGGCAAGCAAAGCGAUGCAGCAUGCAACGACGAAAGAUGUCGUCGAACCUUAUGAGAGGAAGGCGCAAAGCCUCAAAGCUACACUAUCUGUCGAGGUUCGAUUCGAGAAUGUCCAUGUCCUUCCGCAGACACCACAGUUGAUCGCUCUCUUGUCUAUUAUUCGAAACAAGGAAACAGAUCGCGCAGACUUCAUCUUCUACUCAAAUCGGAUUAUACGAUUGCUGGUUGAGGAAGGCUUGAACCACUUGCCGGUGGUAGAACACGACAUCACUACGCCCGUCGGACGUAUUUAUAACGGCCUCAUGUUCCAGGGAAAGAUAUGUGGUGUCUCCAUCAUGAGAGCUGGCGAAGCGAUGGAGCAAGGCUUGAGAGACUGCUGCCGAUCCGUUCGCAUCGGCAAGAUUUUGAUUCAGCGUGAUGAAGACACGGCGCAGCCCAAAUUAUUUUAUGACAAGUUGCCCGAGGAUAUCGCUGAUCGUUGGGUUAUGCUUCUCGAUCCCAUGUUUGCCACAGGUGGUUCGGCCAUUAUGGCCGUUCAAGUUUUGAAAGCGAAGGGCGUACCUGAGGACCGAAUUCUUUUCCUCAACUUGAUUGCUAGCCCGGAGGGUAUUAACAACUUCGUAAACAAAUUUCCUCGACUCAAGGUGGUGACGGCAUUCAUUGAUGAGGGCUUGGACGAGAAAAAUUACAUCGUUCCUGGCCUAGGUGACUUCGGCGAUCGCUUCUAUACCAUGUAG